AUGCAGGCGCGGACAUUCUGCCUAGUGUUGUGGUGCGCAAGCGCAGCGUACUCGGCACGUAUACUAGCCGUGCUGCCUACGAACACCAAGAGCCACCAUGCCAUGUACGGGAGAAUUAUAGAUGCGCUCGUAGCUAGGCAGCAUCAAUUGACUGUUAUUUCACAUUUUCCCAGGAAAACCCCGCCCCCAAAUCUAGAGGAAAUAAGUCUAGCGGGGACCAUACCGGAACUAACGAAUAAUUUAACAGAACAGCAGAAUUCUUUCAAGCCCGCCUUCAUCCGAAACUUGGACCAGAUAAUAAAGGAGUGCCUUCAGUCAUGCGAUGUUGUAUCACAUAUGCCAGCCGUGAAGUCCCUUCUCAACUCCACGGUGCAUUUCGACUUGAUUUUGAUGGAAGUCUUUGGUACUGAAUGUUUUCUUCCCUUUGGGAGAAGGUUUAGUGCGCCAGUCGUGGGGUUAUUGUCGAGUGUGGCUUUGCCGUGGGUUAACGAUCAGCUGGCUAACCCAGAGGGGCCGGCGUACAUACCAUCGUAUGUGACCAGCUAUGGACAAGGAAUGAAUCUUUGGGAGAGAUUCUUUAAUACCUUCGCAAUUGUGUGGGCAAAGAUGAUCUAUCGAUAUAAAUCUCAGGUUCCGUCGCAGCUAAUAGCUGAUAAGCUAUUCGGCCCCGGCUAUAGCUUGGAGCAAUUGUCUCAAAACUACAGUUUAAUCCUAUCAAACAGCCACUUCAGUAUAAACGAAGUACGCCCGUUGGUACCAGCUUUAGUGGAGGUUGGAGGGCUGCACUUCAAUGACGCGCAAACCAUGCCAAAGGAUUUAAAGCGGGUGCUGGACAACGCCAACGAAGGUGUAGUGUACUGGAGCUUUGGAUCCAUGUCACGCAUAGAAACUAUACCUCAUGAGAAACUCUCGCAGAUUUUUACCGCGAUGUCAGAGCUGCCACAGCUGUUCUUAGUCAAAAUGGCGAGGAGUUUACUUUCAAAUAACAUUAGUGUACCGGAAAACGUGUAUACGAUGGAAUGGAUACCUCAGUAUAAAACUUUGUGUCAUCCAAACGUGAAACUGUUUAUAUCGCACGGUGGAUUACUCGGUACCCAAGAAGCCGUGGCUUGUGGGGUGCCUAUGUUGACCGUUCCCCUUUACGCUGACCAAGCACUCAAUGCUCGGGCGAUGAAAGAUCGGGGGCUAUCCCGCACAAUAACCCUACCAGAAAUAUCUAAAGAUACUUUUAAGGAAGCUUUAUGUGACUUACUUUCGGACUAUCAGUAA